AUGAGUAAUAUUGAGGACAUAGAGGAGAAAUUAAAAGAAAUUUUUGGGGAUAAUACUAAUUCAGAAUUAGAUACAUUUGCUUUUGACAUAAUAUUUUCUGACCAGGAACUCAUUAAUAUUUUAGACGACGACGAAUUAGGAAACGUAAAUGACUUAAGAACACGUUUAGCUAGAUACUUUAGAGCGCAACUUAAAUUGUCAGAUAUAAAACCUAACUUAAGUCCAGCUGAAAUUGAGCAAGUUAUUCAUGCCUCUUCUAAUGAUAAACUAAUAAUCGUAGAGAGUAACGUAGAACCAAGUGUAGAAGAUAAAUUUGAAAGUAUAGGGGAAAAGUUAUCAGACAUCCUUAUUGAAGAAAAAAAUCAUUCUUACGCGAAUACUAGCGAUAUUACAAAACCGGGUCAUUUUUAUAAUAAUAUUAAUAACGCUUCGUCGGGUGAUCAAAAUAAAUUAGAGGGUUCAGGUAAAGAACAUUUUUAUGAAGAUAUAGACGAUUUAAAUAGAACCUUUAAAGAGGAACAAACACCGGAUAAUCAAACAAUAAAUUCAAAUAUUACAAGUAUGGAGUCUAAUAACCGAUCUUGGUUGAUGAAACCAGAUUAUUUUUCGGGUACUGAGGACGUAAGAAAAUUUUUCAGGCAGUAUGAAAAGGCAAGUGAAAUUAAUAGAUGGAAUGAGAACGAAUAUCAACCAAUAGGCUAUUUAACUCUAAUUAAAAAUAAACUGGAAAAACGUAGGCAGGAAGAGUCAGAGUCAGUUAUGAGUUAUGUAACAGAAAUUGAAAACUUAUGUAGACAGUUAAAUAAACAAAUGAGUGAAGAAGAUAUAUGUACUUAUAUUUUAAGAGGACUAAAAGAAUCAGUAUUGCAUGCUAUUUCGUUACAUGAUAAUAGUAGUUUGAAAAAUUUAAAAGAUAACUUGAAAAAGUUUGAGUUAAUGCAGUUUAGAAUAAACAAUAGAGGAGCCGCUGGUAUCAGUGAAUACACAGACAUUAUAAAUAGACAGGUAUCCCAACUAGAUAAAUAUUCAAAAGAAAGAGAACUUGAGGUUCAAGAUUUAAGGAGACAGUUAGAUAGAAGAGAUAGGGACUAUAAAAGAGAAAUAGAACGACUUAGCGAUGAGAUAAAAAAUAUUCAAGUUUUAGGUAAUAAUUCUAACAGGUCAGUAUAUUUUGAAGAUCGUAAAAAUAAUAGUUAUAGUAAGUAUAACAGAGACAAGAGCUAUGAGCGAAAUAGAGAAUACGCAGACUAUAGACCUAAUUAUAGAGACAAAAGCCCAUACCCUAGAAAGAAUUACGGUAGUAGAGAACCAAGUUUAGAAAGAAAGUACGAUAGAUACAGUAGAGAUAGAUCAUUUUCAAAGGAAAGAAAUGAUAGUAACAAGAAAUUCAGAGAUUUUAGUAAUGAUAGAAAUGAGUACAAUCGUUAUUCUAGACGUGAGGACUGUGAUAGACAGUCUUAUAGAUCACCAUAUAAUAGAGAUAACAGCAGAGAGAGACGGUCAAGGUCUAGAACACCAAAAUUUCGUAGGUAUAAAAUAACGAUCAAAUGA